GGCGAACACGUGAAGGUCGGAAGGGCGAGAACGAGCUCGAGAAUCCUGUUACAGGUUGCACAUUGCACGAGCGGCUGUCACGAAACGCACGAAGCAUGGCGCGCAAAUUCUUCGUUGGUGGUAAUUGGAAGAUGAAUGGCACCAAGAGUGAGAUCAACGACAUCGUCGCGUUCCUGAAGACUGGCCCGCUCGACCCCAAUGUCGAGGUUGUGGUCGGAGUUCCCGCGAUAUACCUCACAUACGUGACGUCUAUCGUGCCUGGUAACGUCAGUGUCAGCGCACAGAACACGUACAAAGUUCCCAAGGGGGCAUUCACCGGCGAGAUCAGCCCAGCGAUGCUUCUGGACAACGGUAUUCCCUGGGUGAUCCUUGGUCACUCUGAACGUAGAAACGUAUUCGGUGAAACGGACGAGUUGAUUGCGGAGAAAGUUCAGCAUGCCUUAGAAGCUGGCUUAAAGGUGAUCGCGUGUAUAGGCGAGAAAUUGGAGGAACGCGAAGCGGGUAAGACCGAGGAGGUGGUUUACAAGCAGACCAAGGCGAUAGCGGACAAGAUCAAAUCCUGGGACAAUGUGGUGCUGGCUUACGAGCCAGUCUGGGCGAUUGGCACGGGUAAAACCGCGACGCCGCAACAAGCGCAGGAAGUUCACGAGAAGUUACGGGACUGGUUGUCCAAGAACGUCAACCCCGACGUCUCGCAAACUCUGCGGAUCAUCUACGGCGGCUCCGUAACAGCGGGCAACGCCAAGGACUUGGCGAAGGAGAAAGAUAUCGAUGGGUUUUUGGUCGGUGGCGCAUCGUUGAAACCCGACUUUGUACAGAUCGUUAACGCUCGUUGUUAGAACGAGCAGAAAUUGUCAGCUUCCAUGACACUGUGUCAAACGAAAUGUAACAGAGAUUUAUUCAUAUUAUGAGUACGCGAGAGACAGAGAGAGAAAGAGAGACGAUGCGUAUUGUUGUUCAUUCUGCCCGAAUGUGUACAGUUUAUUCUAAUGAUGAAAGGAAAGUUAUAUUCGUCAUAUACUUCCAAUCAAGUUUUAAAAUGCUUACCAUGUAUCUAUACUAGAGAAGUGUGUUAUAUUGUUGUUAUUACCGUUGUACAUGUACAACUUUCGAAUAUAUAUACGAUGCUGCAAAAUGUGCAUCCUGGAGCAAGA